AUGGCUGCCCCCGCGAACAAGACCAUCGGCGACCUGACCGGCAAGUGGAUUAUGAACAAAACGCUCUCAGACAGUACGGAGCCCGCCCUCGCCCUCCAAGGCAUCGGCUUCCUGACUCGCAAGGGCAUCGGUCUGACGACGGUGACCCUGCAAGUCAAGCAGUACAACGGCCCUCCGUCGCCGCCGUCGACGCAGACGGGCGACGUCGUGCACAUUGACAUCGAGCAGACCGCUACCGGCGGUAUCAAUGGCACGACGGAGAACCGCAGCAUCGACGACACGCAGCGCGGACACAGCGACUGGCUAUUUGGCGACGUAAAGGCCCGGUCCAAGUGGCUUACGGCCGAGCAGCUGGCCGCCGUUGCGCAGGAGCACGGCGAGCAUCUCGGCAAGGACUGGAUUGAAGACGCGGCUGAAGCGCAGGGCCCAGGAGGGGCGUCUCACGUGAUGAAUUAUGUUGAGUCUACCGCGGGCUGGACUGCGGUGCAGAUCUGGGGUUUCCAAAUGAUCGGCGGUGAGAGACGGUAUGCGAGGAAUGUGUUGGUCAAGAAAAAUAACAAGGUCGUGGAGGUGCGGUUGGUUUACGAUUACGCUUCUGAGUAA